CAUCCACCCACUACUCGCCAUCCACCGCCUUCCCUCAGCCCGCGACACUUGAUUCAACCACUAUGGCGGGACGCGUUGCGCCAGUCCCGCCGUUCGUGGAUCUUCCGUCGUUGCCCCGCCCACAGGUGGUCGACGAGGGCGGGUUCGAGCUCACCGACGAGCAGAUCGAGGCGCUGGCUGCACAGGUCACUGGGGAUGACAAGCACGCAGACGAGGAAGAGGAGGAGAAGGAGGAACAUGAGUCUGCGCAUGUUUCUGUUGCCGAGGGUGACGAACCCGAAGCACGGCAGCCUCUGCUAGGCCUGGACCAAAGGUGAGUGUCCAGCAGAACACGUCCUCUCCUGUCGCCUGUCGCACGUCGUGGGUGCAAGUAUCCAGCCCGAAAUCUUGUGCUCCAGUACUCAAUCCUCCAAACUCGGCACCAUCACAUGCGGCAGCUCUUGCCGCUGAUCUUCACGCACCCGCCAGUACCCGCGCAUAACCGUCCGCGACUGAGGGUUGCAGGCAAGAAGGAGUUCGCGUUUCCAACUCCUCCGCCUCCACCUCAGCCUCUCCCGAGCGCCGAGUACCACGGGCCGAGCACCAAGAAGACUAAGAAGAAGGGCAAAGACAAGGAGAAGGAGGGCGAUGCGGACGACAAGGAAGAGAAGAGCGGGGAUGAGUCUGACGAACCUAAGAAGGGUCGGAAGAAGGAGCAGACAGCACCUGCGCACGAGAUUGAGUGCAUUGCCCGUGUCACGCUGCAAGUUGGUCCCAUGAGUUUUCCCAACACGGAGCUGUGGGUCGCCCGGUUCGUACCCCCGCGCCAGGGCUCUGCUGGAACAGUCCGUGGGCGGUUGAAAGGUAUGACGAUGGAGCCGCGCAAAAAAGAGCCCAAGCCCAAAGAGCCUAAAGAGAAGGUGCGCAAAGAGCGUGCGCUGCCGCGUAUGAGCAUAGAUGGUGGGGCUCCCAAGCGCCCACGAACCGAGAAACCAAAGCCCAAGCCCAGCGCACCUCUUGCCACACCGGCCUCCCCUGCGCCUGCCGCCGACGUGCCGCCUCGCUUUGCGUCUAGACAAGACAUCCCACAGGCACUCAUCCAAAGGGUCAACGCCGCUGCUACCCGACAUCCAUGGCUGAGCGUACUCAUCCACAAAGCCGCGCGCAGCGUUGCCAGCAAGGACGAGCUGGCCAAGCUAGGACGCGUCGUCGCUCGGCUUGGGCGCGGCGAGGAUGUCGGCGAGGGACCCGAGAUGCCUGGUGUGCCCGUGCGACCGCCCAUCGCUGCUGCCGGGCCAUCGCGGCCACCAGUCGGAGUUCCUAUGCGCCCGCCUGAUGCUGUGGCUGGACCGUCGAGGCCCCCUAUGCCUCCAGGAGCUCGUCCGCCCAUGGCUGGAGUUCGACCACCCCCUGUCGGUGGGUUUCGCCCGCCCAAUGCCGUCGCUGGACCUCCUCCGCGACCGGGUGCUCCACUCGCUCGGCCCCCGGCCACAGCUGCCAGUCCUCCGACACCUGGCGCUCCCGGUGCUAUCGCCCGCCCACCUGUUGGAACCGUGCGACCUCCGCCUCCAACAGGUGCAGUCCGCCCACCAGCAUCUGCCGUGAGACCAGCAGCUGUCGCUGCAUCCGCGAUGCCACGGCCACCACCAAUUGUACCCUCAGGGACCCCAGCUCCAGCGCCUGCGCUUCCAGCAGCUCCCACAUCGGCGUCCGCACCUGUAUCCGCGCCACCACCACCAGCUUCGGUCACUGACAAGCCGGAGGAUCCCGAUUCUGAUGUCGACAUGAGCGGUCGACCGCAAGUUGGAGGCGGGUUGGGUGACGAACCUGAGUCUGAUUCAGAUUGGGACGCUGGUUUCGAGAUGAAAGGCAGGCCACAGGUUGGUGGAGGCGAGGGCGAAGAGACACAUGACGACAACCGGGAGGCUUCAACGCCUGGCCAGCCCGCAAGUACGCCUGCGUCAGCUCCUGUCAUUGCCUCUCAGCCUGCUGAGACAGCGACUGCGUUAAUUCCGACAGCCAGUGCGCAGGUUCCUACCCGUCCGACUGUUACAACUAUCCCAGCGCCUACUGCUCCGGUAAUGGCGUCCUCCUUGCCUUCAGCCACAGCUUCAGCAAGCGCGCACCCCUCCACGCCUCGUCCAGCGCUCCCGAGUGGACCGCACCCUGUUCCUCCGAGUGCUGCUCGUCCGCCUGUCGCUGCUGGUGUUCCUCCACCCGGUAUGACCUCAGGUGGGAACGUGCGGUGGUUCCCAGUCGCAGGAUCUCCCAAAACUCCUAUAUCUAACCCCGCAACGACAGGCACACCGCGCGGCCCAAUCCGUGUCUCUGACCCUCGUUCACCUUCGGUACAAAUGGUGCCGCCCAGUACGCCCGUCGGCACGCAUCCACCACCGUUCCUUCUGGUUGCAUUCAAGGGACAAGAAACAGAGAAGUUCCUCCUCCCGCUUGGCCAGCACUCUUACCUCUCGCGCGUUGGAGGUGACUACAUCACCUCGCCACCGCCAACGCCAGCUGCUAUUGCGGCGCCAGUGGCCUCCACAACCGCGUCGGCGACAGUCGCCUCCUCUGUUGCGCAAGCCCCUGCGUCGACUCCGGCAGAAGUGACGCCCGUGCAGCCUUCAGCUGAGGUGGAGCAGCCUCCUGUGGAAGAGCCGCGGGGCAAGAAGCGCACGCGCGCCUCGAUAGCGAGAGCCGCACCCAAGCCGCCCACCAAGCCAGCACCCGCCCAGCCUGCCCCGACGCCCAAACAGGAGAAGGUGAAGGAGCCUACGCCGCCCCCUGUAGACCCGCUUGCGAACAUUCCGCCAAUGCCAGGCCAGCCCCCGGCGCCCGGUACCGUCUUGCUGUCCACAUACAUUCCAAUCGAACCGUAUAUCAAGCCCGACUGGCCUAAACUUGCUGAGCGGCUGCCCUUCCACAACCCUGCGUUCAUUGACAAGUUGAAGGUUGCGCCGAUGGAGGCCAAGACCGAGCCACUGUCACCGAAGAGAGCCCUCCGCCACGUCAGAGAAGACAAGCGUCCGCGCGAGUACCUCCUCAACGUGGCCGCUGAGGAGUGGCUCCCGGAAGGCCCGCUCGAGCCCGUCACGAUUCGACUUCUUGGCGUCGACGACCGCACGUGGGCGCGCAUGAAGAGCGUUGUGGAGCAGGUCGAGAAGACGGAGCUCGAGGCCAUGGUGCGUGCCGAGCCCAGGUUUGCGCCGGAGGUGGUCAAGGCCAUGGCAGAGGCGGAGGCUGCGAGGGCUGCACCGCCUGCGCCUGCACCCGCUCAUGUGCCAUUACCUAUACCUUCCCAACCUGCUGCGGCGGCGCAACCUGCAACCCCAGCAGCAGCUAUUAGCGCACCCAUAUCAGGAGCUCCAGCACCGCCAGUCGGCGCGGCGCCCCCUACUGCUGCACUGCCAACUGCGGCCGGUGCGGCUCCAAGCGCAAGUGCUCCUGCUUCCGUUGCCCAACCUGCCGCGCCUACUACUUCGACCACUCCCGGCCAAGUGCAACCACCUCCCAAAGCACCCACUGCAGUCACCAUCCCACCCCUGCCGCCACUAGUCCGCGAGACGUGGCUGGCCCGCAAGAAAUCGCUCUUCACUGACCUUCUCGCGCGCGUCGGCCUCCGUCGCUUCCCGCGCUUCCGCAUUGAGACCACAAACUCAACGCUGGUAGAUUUCACGACGGACAAGUGGGCGCCGCGUCCGUACCACCUGACCACGCGCCCGCUGUAUGCGCGGGACGCCGACUCGGACGACGAGCUCCCCGUGGUCCCACGCAGGGUCGAGCUCUCCCCCUCGCCCGAUCUGGAGGGCCACACCAAGAAGCGGCGCAAGGAGGUCAGCGCUGUGACCUUCGAGAUGCCGGUAUCGCUGGACGCGCUGGACGAGCGUGUCGAGGCUGGCGCGGCGCGCGGGCUGAGCAAGCGCGGACGGGCGAAGGGCGCUGCGGUCGUGCGCAAGUUCCCGCGCGGGACGGCCGGCGCGCCGUGCGAGGGCUGUGCCCGGCGCGGCCUCAAGGUCUGGCGCCGCGGCCCGAACGGGCGCGGAACACUGUGUAACGACUGCGGCGACAAGUUCUCGGCCGGAACGCUCGGCGAGCUGAAGGCCCCCGGCGCGGCUAGCCGGCGCGACUCGACGGGCACGCCCGGCGGGGACGACGUCAAGGUUGAGAGGGAGAGCGUGGCGCCUGAGGGCGAAGAGGAUAAGGACGAGGGAGAGCCGAAGGAUGGCAAGGCUGGCGGAGAUGGGGAGGCCAGCACUCGCAAUGGCAGGAGCGACGAUCCGAACGAGACACAAUCUCAUAAGGCGACUGGUGACGAUGUCGCUGAGCCCGACGCUGAGGCACCCGCCAAGUCGGCCGACCGCGCGGACAGUCCUGAGCAUGAGGCGACCAGUACGCCUGCACCGUCCACCAUGGUUGUAUCCGCCGCUGCGUCGGCCGUGUCGUCUCCUGACCCGCUUGCCCUCGUUGAUGACGACGCCGAUCUUGCAGGAGGCUCCUCUACUGAGGCAGCCGCACCCAGCGACGCCAUGGACAUCGAUCCGUAGCGAGUCGAGCUUGCCAUGUAACGUCUCAUGCCCAUUCAAUAUUGCUGAGCCUCGAGUAUCGUGGCACUUUGCCCUCUGACUCUUCUACUGAAGCAGUUAGUAAUGAUGCUCAGCUAACAGU